AUCAAUCAUCAAGAAAAUAAAGAAACAAACCCACCGCCACCUCGUCCCCAGCUCCAAUGGAGGUGGAGCCCCUCAACCGCGUGCACGCCGGCGAGAGCCCUCUCCGUGAGCCCAUCCACGACGCCGACGGCGAGGUCGCCGCUUUCAGCGUCGGAAACGCCGCGGCCAAUGUGUCCGCCGAGGAAGCCACCCUCCGCCAGCGGCGGGCGUCGCAGGACGCGGCGCCCUUCCACCGCGCCGACUACCUCAUCCCCAUCCCCGCCGACGCGCCGGCGCCGGCGCCGGGCGACCACGACGAGGCGUUGCCGCGGAGCCGCGCGCACCUCGCCGCCGAGGAGGAACGGGAGGGCGCCACCCUCCGCCAGCGCCGUGCGGCUCGGCCUACGACUCCAUCCUCGCCACGACGGCCGCGCCGGCGCCGCGGGAGCACGUCGAGGCGUGGUUGCGGAGCCCCCCGCUCCUCGACGCCGACGGGGAGAGCUUCGCUGGAUGGGCCGGAGCCGGAGGCGGGUGGUACUGCGAGCCCUCUCCCCUGCAAUGGGCGCUCGCCGGGGAUGCGUGUAGGCGAGGACGACCUGCGAGGCAGCUGCUGUGUGUGCGUGGGGCGGCGGCUCCCCGGCGAUGUCUGUGUGGGCGAUGGCGUCAAUGACCUGGAAGGCGCUCUGCUGCAGCGCGCAGGGGACGUCCGGUCGGCCGAGGCCGACGCCGGCAGGGGAGAUGGCGCCGAGGACCGAGCAGGCCGGAGACUGAUCGGGACUCAAGCUGAGGGUUGCGUCGUCGUUGGAGCGGGUGGCGCCAAGAUGGCAGCCACGGACGUUUUCAUGGCCUAUGCUUCUCGCGACGUCUUCAUGGCGCGGCUCAGGCUUGCGAUUAAACUGGGGCCAAUGUAUUGGGUGUACGAACUCGGCAAGUGGGUGUACAAGCUGAUGGGAUACCCAGUGGAUGUGGGGGGCGCCUGGUACUGGGAUGGAGUCAUACGAAAUGUUCUCGAGCAGAACGAUGGUACCUGUUCGAUCUGCGGCACCCUGGUCUGCCUGGAGGCCCGCCACCGAUUGGAUUUUGAGAGGCGACACGGAUUCAAAACUUUUCCUUACAGCAUCUCAGCCCAAACGGCGGAAGACUUGAAGAAUCUCUGCGUGCAGCACCGCGUGUGGACCCCUAGAUGUGGUGCGAAUAAGGAGAGAGUAUUGCAGGUGAUCCAGCAGGCUGGAGGGUCUGCAGUGCCUGGCGUGCCUGGUUGGAAGCCCUGCAGACUCCAGGUGAAGAGCUGGAAGGUCCACAAGAACACUGGUCGGCACCCAAUUUCAGAGGACAAAAUAGCAAAGUUGAUCCGCAUGGAGGGGCCACUUUUGGGAGGAAUUAUUGUGGAUGAUGACUACAAUGCUCCAGGGCCGGAGGAUCGGGUGUAUCGAGGAAUCCCAAGAGGAUAUAGAGGUGGAGGCCGUCACUGUGUGGUAUGUGCAGGAUACCGCUUCUGGCCCAAGCCGACUGCCCAGCCUCACCAGGGGCGCCGGCGGCACCAGCCCCGGCACGACAGGUCCGACACCCGCCCGCACGACCAGAACGAGACCCACGAGCUCCACGUUUUGGUGGUUGAUAACCAAGUCGGCGUAGCAGAGAGGUGGAUUCUGGGCAAGGCCUUCUCUAACUUCGUCGAGGUUCACGUGGAACCACUGGACGCGACGGAGCUCCGGGUGAGCUUGUGGCGCCGUCUCCUCGACACCGUGCGUAGGAUCUUCAGGUGGUAGGGCAUGCUUCAGACUAGUUGUUUUGGCUUCGAGAAUAGAAUUCAUUAGAGUUCAGAUUUAGAUUGCAAAAGGAGAGAGUGGGGUAUGACGGUUGAUUGUAUAAUAUUUUACAACUUGAUACAUUUUACAUAGGAUUUCAUGUAGUGCGUGCAUGACUGUUUAGCUUAUGGUACGCACUCGUGAGAUCCGAGCUAAUACGCUCUGUAUGAGAGAUAACGGGGCAAUCAGCAUACAUUGUUAGGCUCAAAAUAGUGUUCCACGGAGCAGAUUAAACCAUAUGAAACUGUGCUCAUAAAUCUUUUGCAUGUAUGCUCCCAGGCAAAG